UCGAUAUAACAAACUAUUUGUUCUACAAGCCAAAAAUAUGUUUUCACAUACGAAAACUUAUAGUUGGGUUUUCAUUCGCUGCGUAGUAUAAAAGACCUGUUUUGCUGUUUGGGAAGGCACAGUUUCACUAAAACUUCUAAAGCAACAACAUGAAAGUCUUCAUCCUCGCUGCAUUGGUCGCCGUCGUGGCUUCUCAGAGCUAUCCCAAGCCUCAAUACACUACUCCGGCAUACCCUGCACCAGCAUACCCAGCUCCUGCUUACAAAGCUCCAGCCUACCCUGCCCCUGCCUAUCCGUCUCCGUCGUACAAGACUCCCGAAUAUGCCCCCAUGCCAUACAGCUUCAACUGGGCCGUUAAGGACGAUCCUUCCUACAACGAUUACGCUCACCAAGAGACCGCUGAUGACAAGGGAUACGUGACCGGCUCUUACCGCACUCUUCUUCCUGAUGGCCGCACUCAGAUCGUCAACUACAAAGCUGAUGACUACACCGGUUACGUAGCUGAUGUCAAAUACGAAGGAGAGGCCAAAGAGUACAAGCCAGCUUACAAACCCGCUGGUUAUCCAAGCCCAGCUUACCCUAGCCCAUCUUACCCUAGCCCAUCUUACCCUAGCCCAUCUUACCCUAGCCCAGCUUACCCUAGCCCAGCUUACCCUAGCCCAGCUUACCCUAGCCCUGCACCUAAAUAUCCCAGCCCAGCUUACCCAGCUCCCAAAUACCCUACCAAGUACUAGAUGAACCGAACACUUACAAGUCAACUGCAUGCUAAAUUAUUUUGAAUUCAAAUACAAUUGGAUGAAACAUAAA